AUGAGCACCCAUAUCUCCAGCAACAAACUCGCCAACACCCGUGUUCUCAUCGUAGGAGGCACAUCCGGGAUUGGCUUCGCCGUGGCCCAGGUGGCCCUCGAGCACGGUGCCUCCAUCAUCGUCGCCAGCUCCAAAUCCGACAAAGUCAACUCCGCCAUCACCCGUCUGAAAUCCUUCUACCCCGACGAGGAGCACACAAAUCGCAUCGCCGGCACCGUCUGCAACCUUGCUGACCGCGAAACCCUCGAAGCCAACGUCGUAAACCUCUACAACUUCGCCACAGUCCCCGAUACCUUCCCGAACGCACAGGGAACCCAAACCACGGACGGCAAAGUCCUCCUUGACCAUGUGGUGAUGACCGCCGGGGAUGCUCUCAGCCUCCGCAACCCCACCGACCCAACCUUCGAUGUCCCCUACAUCGAGUCUUCGGGCACCGUCCGCUUCAUCGGCUCACUCAUCCUCGCCAAGCAUGCCGCGACCUACGUGCGUCAGGCGCCAUCGUCGUCGCUGACCUUCACCAGCGGCGUGCUGACCGCACGCCCGGCACCGGGGUGGACGCUGAUGGCCGCUUCCGGGGCUGCUAUCGAGGGUAUGGCGCGCGGACUGGCGGUUGAUCUGGCGCCUAUUCGGGUGAACACGGUUGCGCCGGGGGCGGUGCUGACGGAGAUCUUUGGCACUCUGGAGACGGAUAAUCUGGAGCAAAUGGUGGAGAUGUUCCGGAGUCAGACCCUUACCGGGGAGAUUGGGAAGCCGGAGGAUGUGGCGGAGGCGUACCUUUAUCUUAUGAAGGAUCGGUUUGUGACGGGGGAGUUAAUUGGGAGCAAUGGGGGUAGGUUGUUGAAGUGA